CUAGCCACAGAAGAGAUGACCAUGGAUGGGAGUUUUAGUGUUAAAUUUGCACUAGAAAGGUUUCUUGCUCGUUGCCCAAAGCUUCUAUCUUUUCCACAGUUCGAUGCACUCGCUAAAAAGGAACAUAUGUUGACAGAAGAGGAGGUGGUGAAUGUGCUGGCAGAGGUAUUUCUGCACCCAAACUAUACUAUUCCUUUGAUGGGGUGUUUUCGGCCUAUAGCCCGAAAGAUAGUUGACAAAGCGGUGGCCUUGCUUCGGAUUGUACCCAAUUUAAGAUCCAAUUCGGAUGAUACAUUAGCGGAGGCUGAAGAAAGAAAUUUUUUGAAUGAUGUUGCCAGUGUAAUUGAGCUCUACAAUCGAGGUGGGAGGGGUCUGGAUCUUCAUGAGCUUGCUUGUUUGGCAGCAUGCCGCGCCCUUGAUUUGGCUCCUUUUUUAUUGAGGCCUAUAUUAAAUUAUUUCAAAUUUGCUCCAUCUCCUUUUGAACGCAUUUCGAUGGAAGGAAAAAUUUAUGACCUCCGUGGUAAGGUUGGAACUCGUUUACUACGUGCUGCUCAGACAUCUUACCGCCUCCUGCUAGUGGACUCAGAAUUAUUUUCUAAACUUUGGGACUGGUCCUGUUUCUUGGACCUUGUAAAGCAAUCUGCCAAUCUUGACCUUAGCAACAGUGGUGGAUAUGCAGAUAUUGUUAUUGCAGACAUUAGAUGGUGUGGGAUACAGAUUUUGUCAGUUGUUCUCAAAACAAGCUGCAGACCAACUACAGACUUUAGUAUGGAGACUGAAGAAGCAUUUACAUGUUUUUUGCGCUGGGAGAAGUUCUGUCAAGAUACAUCACUGGAGAAGGCUGGCUGGUUUAUCGAUUCAUCUGAACAAUAUAAGUUGAGUUUUCCCAGUACAAGUAUUGAUUUCAAUCAAGAGACUUGUCUCAAAUCUUCUGGCCUUUUAGCUCUGGAAAUUUCCUCUUCACAGUUUCGUGAGACUGAGCCGCCAACUCGGAGUAAAAGGCUUGCUACAUGGGAUGAUAAAUCAGUUGGAAAUUUGUUUGUUUUAACGUCAGCUGUGAGGAAAAGUUUUGAGAUGGUCGUGUUGGCAGUAAGUCAAAAGUGGCCUGUUCUUCUAUAUGGUCCUGCUGGUGCUGGAAAAUCUGCUCUUAUUAACAAGUUGGCCAUUGAUAGUGGGAAUCAAGUUCUGUUUAUUCAUAUGGAUGAUCAAAUUGAUGGUAAAACGUUAUUGGGAAGUUAUGUUUGUUCAGAGCGACCUGGUGAAUUUAGAUGGCAGCCUGGAUCACUUACCCAGGCUGUUCAGAAUGGGUUUUGGGUUGUAUUUGAAGAUUUUGACAAAGCACCAUCUGAUGUGCAAUCCAUCUUAUUAUCUUUACUGGAAGGUGCAAGCUCAUUUUCAAAUGGACAUGGGGAGGAAAUAAGGGUAGCAGAAAGUUUUCGACUAUUUUCCACAAUUUCAACUUCCAGAUUUGAUAUUUUGCACAGUACAGAAGGUGGAAAAAUUGGUGUUUUUUGGAGGAAAGUGAUGAUUGUGCCUCCAAAUAAUGAAGACUUGCAAAAUAUAAUAAAAGCUUGGUAUCCGAAUUUAGAGCCAAUUUGUGAGAAACUCAUAGAAACCUUUGAAAGGGUUAACUCUUCUCCUGUACACCAACUGGCGGGAUUUCAAUCCAGAAAUUCUGCUUCUCCUAGUUAUCUGAGCAGGUUCUCGUUAAGGGAUCUUCUUAAAUGGUGCAAGCGAAUCUCAGGUUUAGGCUUUAGCUUCUGUGGAGAUGGUUUGUCAGCUUACGAGUGUCAUUGCAUUUAUCAAGAGGCUGUUGAUAUAUUUGCGGCCUUUUCAACUUCAGCUGAAAAUCGGUUGAUAAUCAUGAAAGACAUUGCAAAGCUGUGGGCGGUGCCAACUUCAGAAGCAGAGACGUUAUAUCCUCAUAAUAAACCUAUGAUUCAGGAUUUGCAAACAGAUUUAAGAGUUGGCCGAGUUUAUCUUCAACGCACUCAUAGAGUUUUACACGACCAAAAGAAACCUUUUGCUGAGAUUCGUAGUUCUCUGCAUGUGCUUGAGAGAAUAGCUUCCUCAGUCAAGUGUAAGGAGCCUGUUCUCUUGGUUGGUGAAACUGGUACAGGAAAGACUACACUUGUGCAGUAUCUGGCCAUGAAGCUUGGUCAGAAACUUACUGUUUUGAACUUAAGUCAGCAAAGUGAUGUUGCUGACUUAUUAGGGGGAUUUAAGCCUAUGGAUGCACAGUUCAUAUGCUUUCCCCUUUAUAAGGAGUUUGAGGAUCUUUUCUCCAAGACAUUCUCCAUGAAGGUCAAUGUUGACUUUCUUGCCCGUUUACAAAUGCACCUUGGUGGUAAGAAUUGGAAUAUGUUACUAUCUGGGUUUCAAAAAGGUGUUGAUUCUUUCCAAAAGUUGGUUCAAGAGGAAAGAUCUGGGUCUGGAAGAAAGCGCAAGAAACCUUUGGAUGAAGAAAGGCUCAAAGCUUGGGAAAACUUUUCUUUCAAGCUUGAAACUGCCCGUGGGCAAAUUGGUGCUUCAUCUGGCAUGAUAUUUUCAUUUGUAGAAGGAGUUUUUGUAACUGCACUUAGAAAUGGUGAGUGGAUUUUGCUUGAUGAGGUGAAUUUGGCACCACCAGAGACUUUGCAGAGAGUUAUUGGUGUUCUUGAAGGAGAGAGUGGGUCACUCUGUUUAGCUGAAAGAGGGGAUGUUAAUUAUAUACAGCGACAUCCUAAUUUUCGUAUAUUUGCUUGUAUGAAUCCUGCAACUGAUGCUGGGAAGCGGGAUUUGCCCUUCACUUUGAGGAGUAGAUUUACAGAAUACUUUGUUGAUGAUGUGUUGGAUGAUGAAGAUCUGACCAUAUUUAUUAAUCAGUUUAUGAAUGACAGCAAAAGUAGUCGAGAAUUAGUGAAUAAAAUUGUACGCUUUUAUAAAGCAGCCAAAAAGGACUCAGAAGAGAGGUUGCAAGAUGGGGCUAAUCAGAAACCACAAUACAGUUUAAGGUCUCUCUACCGAGCAUUAGAAUAUACAAGGAAAGCCGAAAGGAAGUUCGGAUUUCAAAAAGCAAUACAUGAUGGGUUCUGUAUGUUUUUUCUCACUCUGUUGGACAGACCCAGUGCUAAGAUAAUGAAUCAAAUGAUCUUGUCAUAUUUGUUGGGGGGAAAUAUGCCUUCACAUGUACCUUUUGAUGGUUACUUAACCUUUAAAGAGAACUCCAAGUCUGAUGAUUUUCUGGAGAACUAUGUUUUAACUAAAAGUGUUAGGGAGCAUCUUAGAAACUUGGCACGUGCUAUUUUGAUUAGCAGGUAUCCUGUUCUCCUACAGGGACCCACGUCUAGUGGGAAAACUAGCCUUGUUCAGUAUCUUGCUGCAGUAACUGGUCACGAAUUUGUACGGAUCAAUAACCAUGAACACACUGAUUUACAAGAAUAUUUAGGUACCUACAUAACCGAUGCUAGUGGAAAGCUUGUAUUUCAUGAAGGUGUGUUGGUUAAGGCUGUACGUCAUGGUUAUUGGAUAGUUUUGGAUGAGCUUAACUUGGCCCCAACUGAUGUGCUAGAAGCAUUGAACAGAUUGCUAGAUGACAACAGAGAGCUUUUUGUGCCUGAACUGCAGGAAACUAUACAAGCACAUCCUGAUUUCAUGCUUUUUGCCACUCAAAAUCCACCUACUUUCUAUGGUGGGCGUAAAAUGCUUUCUCGAGCGUUUCGCAACCGUUUUGUGGAGAUCCAUGUGGACGAAAUCCCAGAAGAUGAGUUGAGCUCAAUAUUAGAGAACAGGUGUAAAAUUCCUGAAAGCUAUGCUAAGAAAAUGGUUGGUGUCAUGAAGGAUUUGCAGGUGCGCAGGCAGAGUAGCAAAAUUUUUGCCGGAAAGCAUGGGUUUAUAACUCCACGAGAUUUGUUCCGUUGGGCUGAUCGUUUCCGGACAUUUGGGAGUUCCUAUGAGGACUUGGCUAAAGAUGGUUACUAUCUUCUGGCAGAAAGGUUACGAGAUGAGGAUGAGAAGUGUAUUGUCCAAGAAGUUUUGGAGGAACAUCUUAAGGUUAAACUUGUCAAAGAUGACUUGUACAAGCAGGAACCAGUUGGCGGGAACCUUUCUUUCAACCCUUGUGAUGCUGCAGGAGUUUCGGAAAGUCUGCGAAAUGUCGUCUGGACUAAAAGUAUGUGGAGACUGCACUUUCUUGUUAAGCGUUGCUAUGAAUUGCGUGAGCCUGUACUUCUUGUUGGUGAAACUGGGGGUGGGAAGACUACGGUCUGUCAAUUACUGAGUAUUGAUAUGGGCUUGAAAUUGCAUAUACUGAACUGCCAUCAAUACACAGAGACAUCUGAUUUCCUAGGGGGUUUUUAUCCUAUUCGAGAGAGGUCAAGACUUGUUGCAAAAUUUAAAGAAAAAAUUGAACAAGUGAUGAUAUCGGAGGCUUUUAUGCACUAUCCUCAGGACUUUACCAUUUCUUCAGAUAUUAGUCAAGCGUCUUCGACUCUUGAUCAGCUGACUAAGAUGUUAACUUAUUACAAACAUGGCCUAGCUUCAUGUUCCAUUGUCUCUACAGAAGAUGUUGCUAUUCUUGAGAAAAUGGUAACAGAACUCUUAGAGCUGCAUCAGAAGUGGCAGACCAUUUUUAAGUGGCAAGAUGGUCCCCUUGUACAAGCAAUGAAGGAUGGUGAUUUGUUUCUUGUGGAUGAAAUUUCCUUGGCUGAUGACAGUGUACUUGAAAGACUGAACAGUGUCUUAGAGCCUGAAAGAAAACUUUCUUUGGCUGAGAAAGGGGGGUCAGUUUUGGAGAGAAUUACUGCCCAUCCGAAUUUUUUUGUUCUUGCAACGAUGAAUCCAGGGGGGGAUUAUGGUAAGAAAGAACUUUCACCGGCUCUUCGUAAUCGGUUUACAGAGAUAUGGGUUCCCCCUGUUGGUGACCUAAAUGAGCUUAAGAGUAUUGCUGUGCAGAGGUUUGCCAACCCAAAACUCUCUCACAUUGUGGAUGCUAUGCUAAGUUUUUGGGAAUGGUUCAACCAGUUACAACCAGGGCGAAUGCUUACUGUUAGAGAUCUUCUCUCUUGGGUUGCUUUUAUUAACAUGACCGAGAGGAGUUUGGGGCCUGAAUAUGCAUUCCUCCACGGGGCAUUCCUUGUUUUGCUUGAUGGAAUAAGUUUAGGGACAGGUAUUUUCAAAAGUGAUGCUGGAGAGUUGAGGGAGAGAUGCUUGUCUUUUCUUUUGGAAAAACUUGAGGUGGAGACUACUAGUUUGACACACACACAACUUUCAAGAAUGGAAAAUUAUGGUUGGGGUCAUCUUGGAAUAACUGCAGAUGUUUCAUGCAGUGAUAAUAUGCAAUGUGACAAUAUCUUUGGUAUCGAUCCUUUCUAUAUUGAAAAAGGCUGUGAAAGUUGUGAGGUUGGGGGAUUUGAGUUUUUGGCACCAACCACCCGCAGAAAUGCUUUGCGGGUACUGAGGGCUAUGCAGCUUCCAAAACCUGUUUUAUUGGAAGGUAGUCCCGGUGUUGGGAAAACAAGUUUGAUUGUUGCCUUGGGAAAAUUUUCUGGACAUAAAGUUGUCCGCAUAAACUUAUCUGAACAGACUGAUAUAAUGGACUUGUUGGGGUCGGACUUACCUGUUGACAGUGAUGACGGAAUAAAGUUUGCAUGGUCUGAUGGGAUCCUAUUGCAGGCUUUGAAGGAAGGCUGUUGGGUUUUGCUUGAUGAGCUUAAUCUUGCUCCUCAAUCUGUGUUAGAGGGUUUAAAUGCAAUUCUGGAUCACCGAGCUGAGGUCUUUAUUCCAGAGCUGGGUCUCACCUUUAGGUGUCCCUCAUCUUUCAGAGUUUUUGCAUGUCAAAAUCCUUCCUGUCAAGGUGGUGGGAGAAAAGGCCUUCCGAAGUCCUUCCUCAACCGUUUCACUAAGGUUUAUGUUGAUGAGUUAGUUGAGGAUGACUAUCUUUUCAUCUGUAGUUCACUUUAUCCGUCAAUUCCCAGGUCUAUGCUAUCAAAACUGAUAUUAUUUAACAAACGAUUGCAUGAAGACACCAUGUUGUACCACAAGUUUGCACAGGAUGGCUCCCCUUGGGAGUUCAAUCUUCGUGAUGUGAUUCGGUCAUGUCAGAUCAUACAAGGUGCACCUGAGAAAUUGAGAGAUUAUUCUUUCCUCAACAUACUUUACAUUCAAAGAAUGCGUACAGCAGCAGAUCGCAGAGAGGUCCUACGGCUCUAUGAGCAGGUUUUUGAGAUGAAGCCAUUUAUAAAUCCUUACCCACGGGUUCAGCUCAAUUCUCGGUACUUAAUUGUGGGGAAUACUGCCAUUAAAAGGAACUAUGUUCAAUCGUCGAAACUUUCAACCAGCCAGCUUAAAAUUAUGCCUGGAAUUCGUCAAUGCUUGGAAGCUGCUGCACAUUGUGUACAGCGUCAAUGGCUGUGCAUCUUGAUUGGUCCAUCAUCUGGUAAGACUUCAUUGAUAAGGUUACUUGCUCAGCUCACUGGCAAUGCACUAAAUGAAUUGAAUCUUUCGGCUGCAACUGAUAUAUCUGAAUUACUUGGAUGCUUUGAGCAAUAUGAUGCCUUCCGAAAUUUUCACAUUGUUGCCAAUCAAGUUGAAUGCUAUGUUAAUGAGUAUUUUAGUUUGAAAUUGGAGUCCUCAAAGGAAACAUAUAUGAGUGAAAGAAAAGAUCAGUUAAUUACCAGAUGGAUUGCGUUUUUAUCUAGCAUGGACUAUGACCAUGUAUCAGGCUCUACUUGUAUGUAUGUGGAGAAGUUGAAGAGAAUAUUUAAUUCUCUUAGUUUGUUAGUUGAGAUCAUUGAACAACUAAAGUUGGAUCAAGAGAAAAAUGUUCUACCUGUGUCAUGGUCAAGCAGGGAUCUUGAAGGAGCCAUGAAGACAGUUUUAAAGUUGCAAGAUGAUUAUCAGAAAAGGGCUGUUUCAGCAAAGUUUGAAUGGGUUAUGGGGGUGCUGAUAAAAGCUAUUGAACGUGGAGAAUGGAUUGUUCUGGAGAAUGCAAAUCUUUGUAACCCUACGGUUCUUGAUAGAAUCAACUCUUUGGUGGAACCAUCUGGAUCAAUCACGAUUAACGAGUGUGGAAUUGUUGAUGGAAAAUCAGUGGUUCUCCAUCCACACCCUAAUUUUAGAAUGUUCCUCACUGUUAACCCGAACUAUGGUGAAGUUUCCCGAGCAAUGCGAAAUAGAGGAGUUGAAAUAUUUAUGAUGCAGCCAGGCUGGUUACUUGAUGAGGGAAGCGGUUAUGGUUCCCAGCAGAUUGAACUAAAAGAUGUGGAGAGAUUUCUCAUUCUAUCUGGUAUUCCAGGUGGUAGAUUGGUUGAAUCAAUGGCCAGAGCCCAUGUCUAUGCUAGGGAUGAAGGUUCACGCCUUAAUAUUUGCAUUACAUAUCUUGAGCUGGCACGUUGGGUUCAGCUACUCCAGCAGCUUCUAAUGAAUGGCAAUCAGCCUCUGUGGAGUCUCCAUGUGAGUUUGGAGCAUACUUAUCUUUCUUCUUUAGGUGAGGCUGAAGGAGGGAAUAUUAUUAGUCAUGCUAAAAGUGCUUAUUUGUCAGUUAUAGAAUUGUCUGACUCAUUACUGGCACAUUCUUUGUGUUUGCCUGGAGGAUGGCCAAAGCCAUUGAAAUUAAGAGACUUUAUAUGGUACUCAAAAGAAGCUUGUGUGAAACAAAACUGCAUGUAUCUGGAGUUCCUGGGGGAUCAGUGUGCCUCAUAUGAAUCAGAAGUUGCUAGGAUCAGGUGCCCUUUGGAUGAGGCAUUAACUGCUUGUGGCCAUGCAGAUACUUGCAUUAUAAAUGUGAAGAAGUUAGAACAGUUAAUGUUUCCCAGGUCUUCAAAUGUUACAGUUUCAAACUUUGAUAAGAAAAUUGAAUUUGAUUUGGCAUUGGCUAAUAAGAUGCUACUAUUUGCUGCAAACUGGACCAUUGAACAGGCCACUGAAAGUGAUCUUGAGCUUUAUCUUCUCUGGUUUAGCUGGUUCAGUAAUCACUUGCAGCCCUUCUGUCAGUUUUUCAGUUCUUUUCUGAUCUUAAUCAAACAGGUCAUGCAGCAUCCUAUUUGGAGCUACAUUUCUCGCCGACACCAUGAGGUUGCAUCUCUUCACUUGGUAGAUUUUGACUUGCAGCCAAUGCCAAUGCUGUCGUUGGAGUUAGUUGAUUUAACUGCAUCAAGGGACAUGUCUCAGUCGUGCAGUAAAUUUUUAAGUAAUGCCAUUAACUGCCUAGGUCUACUAAAAGUUAGUUAUCAACAAUGGAAUGCGGAGAGCUGCCAUGACUAUAGUGAUGAAGUGCAAUGUUUUAUUCCAGUGUUGAAAUCUCUGCGAGUAAUGGAGGAGGAAAUCCUUCAUAAGUUUGUUGAUUCGUCAUAUAUGUUUGUUGAGUCUCCUUGUUUUGAUGUGCUGAUUCGGUUAUACACUAACCUCAUUGAAGAUCACAAACUGUUCUGGAAUGGUGUUACGUCAUCAAAUGUUGAGCAGUUGCUAAUUUCUUGGCGUUCUUUAAUGAAAGAUGCUGCAAAAUUUCAGGAAGUACUGAAUGAUAUCUGUCCAGAAGCAGUUGAUAUUGUGAUGAGUGAGAGCAAGAAUCUGGAGAAUUUGGCUAAAGUUUCUUCUUGGCGUAUUCAUUCGGAGAAGUCCUUGCUUUGGGUUCAUGGUGGUCAUCCAUAUUUACCUUCUUCUGCUAAUUUAUAUCAUAAGCAGCAUCAGCUUUCAUCACUUUGUGAGUUGAUUUGGCCUACAAAUUCAAAAUCAUGGGAACAGGUGAAUAGAAGUCUGAUUGAGGUCGUUGCAUCGUCAAAUCCUGAACUUCGCUUUCUCGCAAUGCAAGGUGUUUCCAUGUCAGUACAUAUUAUGGGCAAAUGUGACUGUGAUAAAGAUGUUAGCCCUGUCGUUCAGCAGUUGGAGGAGAUGCAUAAGAUGCUUUUGGAAAGAUUUGAAUAUGAAAAACAAAAAUUGGUGGCAAAUUUGGGGUCUAGCGAGCAUGUGAAUGCUGGGGCAAAUUCUGCUGCUUGUUGUACCUUCUUUCCUGAAAUAUUGUGUAGAGAGUCUGGGUUCGAAAGCUGGCAGGACACUCUUGCUCUAAGUGACAGUACAAGUUUUUUCCUUGAUAUGGAGUUACUUCAGGGGCUAUCAUCUAUCCUUUUGGUUGAUCCCAAAGGAUUAGAGACGGCUUUGGGGACUGUAUCCAACCUUCUGGAAUAUGGAUUGAAAUUUUCAUUGGACUUCUCAUCAAGACCCCCCCAAAAUUUUUUACCUCAUCAAAAGAUCUUGUGGACACUAGAUGCAUGGACUUCAGUGGAUGCAGUGAAUGCAAGGAUUGCUAGUUUUGUUAUUGAAAUGUGGUCUAGGUGGCAUCAUUCUUUGUGGAAUCAUCGACCUGUAUUUAUCAAGAACUUCUCAAAGAUUGGUGAUUACGACAUUCCACUACCAGAUAUGCUUGUUCAGCCUGUGAGGACAGCAACAGUCGUCAAGAUUCUGCAAAGUAGAUCCACUAUCCGUGAAUAUUUUGUGCGCUGUCUGACGCUUAGAGUUGCUUCUUGUAAUAUUUGGCGGAGCUCUCCUACAGGGGCAAAUAUACCUGGUUUUCUUUUAUCUAUGGCUCGCUCUCUUUUCCAGCAGAUUAUAUAUGCACAUCAAAAAUCUUUUCAUGCGAAUGAAUUUGAGGCGAUCAAGUCCAUUCUUUGUGCAUUCCAGAAGAAUAUGGUUAAGCAAGAAAACAUCCAGCAAAUGAGCUCCCUUCUUCUCUCAUCAAGCCAUUGCAGAUUGAAAGAGUCGGUGCACAAGUUCAUUGAGCCGCUGCUUAGAGAGCUCUACCUUCAUUGCACAUCUACCGGUGACUUCCACUAUAUCCUUGGUUGUGCGUGGUUACGGAUUGGGGGAUUGCGCUUUCAUCUCUUGCUUAGCUGUGAUGAUUUGGAUCCUGCCAUGAAAUACUAUUGGAAGUCUUCACAGUUAUCAGAAAAGAUAACUUCGCUUAAGCUUGAGAUGCAGGUCCGACAAGAAUGCAACUAUCUAGCAGGAUGGUUUUCUACGAGAGAAGCUGAUAAUAGAGGAGCACAUGCAUUAGAAAAUCUUGAAGUAGAGCUUAGAAGGGCGCAAAGAAAGAUUGUGUUCCGCUCUGAUUCUGGGAAAUUUAAGAAGUUAAAACAUGAAUGCAACGACUUUCUUAAACAAUGUGAUGAUUUUCUGAAACUUGUUACAUCUUUGGAGGUUAUGGUGAGUAAUGUUGAAGCCAUGGACUUACCACAGAUUGUUGACCAAGUUUGCAACUGGCAGAACACUGCAACCUGUUUUGUUAACCGAUUAUCAGAUGAAUAUGCUGCAUAUAUUGAUGUAGUCCAGCCAGUUCAAGUUGCAGUAUAUGAAAUGAAAUUGGGCUCAGCGCUAGUUUUGUCUAGUUUCUUCCAGAAAGCAUUUUUUAGUAGGGUUGAGCUGGAUAAUAUGGAUCUUGUUAUGGGAACAAUAUAUUCAUUCAUGAGAUUUCCCCGUGGAUAUGCAUCCAAUUCCAUUUCUGUGAACUUGAAUAGCAAGCAGCCUGAGCUUCCUUCCUAUGAUAUAAGUAUUCCUGCAAACUUUUGUGCAGCCGAUAUGAGAUUGCUAGAAAAGUUGGUUACAUUCUCAAGAGAUGUUGCUGUUGAUAAGAAGGUCUGUGUUAUGCAACUUGAAGCUGCUCUUAAUCACAACAUUCUUGUGCGUGUAGCACAUUCUGUAGCGAAUUCAAGAUUGAUGGAUAUUGAAUCCUUUAAGCUCUUGGCUAAGAUAUUUAAUGAAUUUUCAAAUCUUUGGAUGAGAAUGAAAAUUCAAGCAAAAACCAAAGAGGACUAUGGUUCUCAGCAAUACAAGUUCAGGCCUCGUGCCUUUCAGAUCGAGAGCAUUAUUGAAGUUGAUAUAUCAACACUUGGCGAGUCAAUAACAAAUGAUAACUUUUCAGAAUGGAAGGAACUGCUUUCUGAAGAAGAGUUUACUACAACGGAAGCUCGUGAGGAUCAAGAAAGUUCACAGGAAGAAUGGAAUGCUAUAGAGGAGUCCAUCCUGGACAACAUGGUCCACAUUCACAAUCAAUUAUUUGGUUCAAAUAAUCUUGUCCUUGCUCCUGGAACUUUCCAAAUAUCUGAUGCAGACAGAUUGCUUUCCUUCACCGACUCCUACAGACUGGGAGUAGGGAUGAUUAGUGGUUUAGGAAGUUUGUUUUUGUCCAGUUUAGAUGCUAAACUCAUGCCAGAGCACUUAUUACGUCUUUGUUUGGAGCACAAGCAGACAAUUGUUUCAUCUAGCAAAUCAGCUCAAAAAUAUAAUUUUUACAAGGAUUCAAAUGCUCCUCUUAUGGCUCAAAUGGUGAAAUUACUUACUCCUCUUCAACAGAAGAUUCUUUCCUUUCUGAAUGAAUGGGAGGAUCAUCAUGGACUCCAGAAAAUUUUGGAUGUGGUUGGGAUGCUCUUGAAUAUCCCUUUGAGCACCCCCUUAGCUAAGGCUCUUGCAGGAUUGCAAUUUCUGCUUAACAGGGUCCAGACGUUACAAGAAAAUGGCUCAAAAUUCUCCCUCUCUGAUCAAUUGGAGCCUAUUCGUGCUCUGGUGUCCUCUUGGAAAAAGAUGGAAUUUGGCUCAUGGCCUGCCCUGCUUGACGAGGUGCAGGAUCAGUAUGAGAUUAAUGCUGGAAAGUUAUGGUUUCCUCUGUAUUCAGUUCUUCAACGCAUACAUUCUGCUGAUGUAGUUGGAUAUAAUCUAUCCACCCUUCAAAGUUUGGAGGAAUUCAUUCACACAUCCAGCAUUGGUGAAUUUAGGAAACGCCUUCAGCUUCUAUUUGCUUUCCUUGGUCAAUUCAAUACUGGUAGAUGCCUGAAUAUUUAUUCAAGUUCUUCUGACAAGGAAAAUCUGAAGAUCUUAUAUAAUGUAAUCGGAUUUCAUGUGCAAUUUUUGCCGAUCGUUUUGGAACACAUAAAAGAUAAUAGAAGAAAUAUUGAGGUAGAGCUGAAAGAGCAUCUCAAACUGUGUGGAUGGGAACGUUCUGAGAAUUUGCUGUCAAUAGAAAACUCAAAAAGGACCCGGCAUAAGCUCAGGAAGCUUAUUCAGAAGUACACUGAUUUUCUGCAACAACCUGUAAUGCUUUUCCUUAACCAAGAUGCACUACAAAAGGGAACAAAAGCUCAAUCUCUACAUGGUCAAAAGAUUCGUAAUGAAUUUCCAGACAAAAAAAUAGGGAUGCUGAGUGGUCCUUUUGAUCCAACAUUGCUUCAUGAUGAAGACAGGUCCAUCUGGUAUCCUGACUGGAGGAAAAAAGUAGAAGAUGCUUUGCAAAAGUUGCACCUUGAGAGAGCUCCUGAAUUUAAUACUCUAUUCUUACACUUCAGGGGUGCUUCUGAAGAGCUGACAAGUGUUUUAAGACAAUGCUCUGCUUCCCAGUCUACACGCCUCUUGUCUCAGGAACAAUGGAAGAUUGUGUGGUGCACAAUUGAGAAAAUAUAUAGAACUGUAGUGGAUUGUGGUGAUAUAUGGAAGGAUUCAAACAAGAGUCUGGGGAAGAGAAGGGCCUUUUCUGAGCUUCUAAAGCUGUUAGAAAGCAGUGGAUUGUCUAGGCACAAGUCUAUAUAUAUGGAGGAUCAUCAUAAAUCUUGGUGGUUCCUUGAGCCAUCAUAUGAUGUACAGCAUCUGCUGCUGACACAAAGUAGACUGGCUUCUGGAGCCUCUGAUAUUGCUGCUGCCUGCGAAUUUCAAAGUUUUCCCUGUGAGACUUUGGUUACUGAAUGGAAAACAGCCAAUGAAUACUACUUUAAGAGCAUAGCAUCAAUGCUGCUUCUGCAGCAGAUUUGCCUGAACUCCCACAAAGACAUUACUCGUGAACAGGUUGACAGGUCUAGCGCUUUUCUCAACCAGCUUGUUGAUAUACAACAGAAGCAACAGGUUGCUGCCAACGAUUUUGCCAAGGAAUUGAUGCACUUGAGGGAAUGCAUAUCUACUCUGGAAAAUCUCUAUCCAAAAUCCCCAACUUCUGAUAUUAAAACUGUGGGUGUAUGCUUUAUUGUUCAAAAUCAACAUGCUACCUUGAAAUGCAUGUGGCAGCAGAAGCAACUCUUUGAUAGUUUGUGUGCCAUGCUGUAUGAAGAAUCGCUUUUGCUAACAACAUUUGAAAAUACGCAUUUGAACACUUGUGAAAGUUUCAAAGCUUCAGCAAAUCGGGUUCUUGCUUUCAUCGGGAAUUGUUUUCCAGAUUUUCAGAAAUCUAAGGAAUCCUUAGAUUACUACCUUCUUGGCCGAAAUAGAGCGAUAACGACACUGGCUGGUUCCUCGCACUGUUAUAUUGUUACAAAACAAAUGGAACAGCUGGUGUCUAAGAACUUCCAGGCCAUAAAGGAGUUUGAGGAGCAUCUCUUAGCUUUCCGCAAGCAAGAUGUGGAUAGAAGCUCAGUUAAAGAGGUUUUGCUCAGUCAUUUUGAAGAAUUAUUUGAGAAGGGGAGAAUGAUGGAGGAAGAGUAUAAUUCCAUGCUGUCAAUAAAUGCACAUAGGGACGGCAAUUGUUUUGGGUUUGGUGAAGCCCUUAACAGUACUUUUGAACAUAUUACAGAUGCAUUGAAGAAAUUAGGUUCAUCAAGUACUGGAUAUAGCCUUCCAGAAGAGUCAGUGGAGAAUAUUACCUCAUGGAAAUUUCUGUUUGACUCAUUUGUAGCGGAUCUGAGAUUGGAUCUAUUAUGUGAAAAGAUUCUUAAAACUAUCGUUUGUGCGGAACAACUACUGGGUCAUUCUGGCAAUAAUACUAGCAGUACUUUUGAAAUUGGAGUACAAUUUAAGGAUCUACAUGUCCUUCUGAGCCUAAUUUUGGAUUUUGGUGAUGCUCUCCUGCAAGAUCUUUUAGCUAUGAAUAGAACAGUUUCUAUGAUAACCCAUAUCCUUGCGAAUGUUUUAGCUUCUUUAUAUUCAAAAGGGUUUGGCAUCUCAGCCGAAGAUCAGGUGGGUGAUGCUACUCGUGAUAUAUCUCAAGAUGCAAGUGGGACAGGUAUGGGGGAGGGUGCUGGAAUGAAUGAUGUCAGUGAUCAGAUAACUGAUGAAGAUCAGUUGCUUGGUGCUUUGGAAAAGCCAAGUGAAGAACGGGAUGCCUCAGAUGAAGUCCCUAGCAAUAAUGAGAAAGGCAUUGAGAUGGAGCAGGAUUUUGCAGCUGAUACAUAUAGCAUUAGCGGGGACUCUGCAGAAGAUAACAAUGAAGAUAGUGAGGAUGUUCAGUUAGAUUCUGCUAUGGGGGAAACUGGAGCUAAUGGUGAAGUAGUUGAUGAGAAACUUUGGAACAAGGAUGAAGAUGAAAAUCCCAGUGAUACAAAUGAGAAGUAUGAAUCCGGAUCUUCCGUCAGGGAUCGGGAUGGUAGUACGGAGCUUAGGGCCAAGGAAGAUUAUGCUGCUACUGCUGGUGAACCUGGAGAGCUUAAUUCUGAUGAAGCUGGACAGCUUGAUUCUGAUGAAAUUGAUAAACAAGAUGAUGAGGUUGGAAGUGAGGACAACCUUGGUGACAGAGACAACACAGAAGACAUGAAGCUGGAGAAAGAAGAAGCUUUUGCUGAUCCUACAGGGUUAAAGCUUGAUGAGCUGAAUCAGAGUCCAGAUGAAGAUAUCGAAAUGGAUGAACAAAAGGGUGCAGAUUCUGUGGAAGAAGCAGAUCCUUCAGAAAAUAAGGAAUCUGAUGAGAAGGGAAAACAUGAGGAAGAAAACACAUAUCCAACGGAUGAAACUAUUGGAGAGGCUGAGACAGAACAAAUGGAUGGAGAUCCUGAAAAGGAUCUUGGGGGGGAUCACGAAGAGAAUGUUGAGAUGACUUUAACUGAACCAAGUAACAAUGCAUUCAAGCCAGGAAGUUCUGACUUUGUUACUGAUCAUGUGCCCAACGCACAAUCUGCAACACAACCAAAGGGUGACUCUCAGACAUUGGAUAUAAGAAAUAUAGCACCAGAAUCGAACUGGUCCAGCGGCAAUGAUGCUCAGAAUGACCUUGCUCCUUUGAGAGGCCUGCCUUCCAAUAAUACCACUGAAGUGGAUUUUUCUGUGGCCGACUUGUCAAAUAGUGGGAGAUUUACUGAUGAUCAAUCAAAAAGUCAGUUGCCUCAACAUGAAUCUUCAUCUACUCAGAAAACCCAACCAAACCCUUAUCGGAAUGUUGGAGACGCAUUAGAGGAGUGGAAAGAAAGAGUCAAAGUGUCUGUUGAUCUUCAGGCCGAUAAUACAGAGGCGCUGGGUGAGAUUGAGGAUGAGAAUGCAGAUGAAUAUGGCUAUGUAUCUGAGUUUGAAAAAGGAACGGCUCAGGCCUUGGGACCUGCAACAUCUGAGCAGGUUGACAGAAAUGUCAGUGGCAAUAAGCCAGAUGGAGAUAGUCUCUCAGCGCAUAAAAACGACCUGGCUGAUAUGGAGAUUGAGAAGCAAAAUUCUGAAGCGCCGCCUCUCAGGAGCUAUGCCUCAAUCCACAAAAAUAAGAUUGAAGAACUUAUGCAUAUCUCAGAUUUGGAGAAGUUACCUAAUGAGGGAUCUGAAGAAGCUCAAAGUCAUGAUGAUGGUAAUCCUGAAAGCCUAUCCGAGAGUUUGGUCUCUGUGAAGAAGUCUUUCUUAAGUGAAGGUAUACAUCAGUUCAGUAAACUCUCUGUAGCUGAAGAUGAGUUCGGAAAGGCCCAAGAUCCUGGGGAAGUUUCCAACGAUGUGAAAAAUAAUGCUACUGUUCUAUGGAGAAGAUAUGAACUGCUGACAACAAGAUUCUCCCAGGAAUUGGCUGAACAAUUGCGUCUUGUUAUGGAGCCCACUCUCGCCAGCAAGCUCCAAGGUGAUUAUAAAACUGGGAAGCGGAUUAACAUGAAGAAGGUAAUUCCUUACAUAGCGAGUCAUUACCGGAAAGAUAAAAUAUGGCUGAGGCGAACCCGACCUAACAAACGUGAUUACCAAGUUGUUAUUGCUGUGGAUGAUUCCCGUAGCAUGUCUGAGAGUCGCUGUGGUGAUGUUGCUAUUGAAGCUUUGGUGACAGUAUGUCGUGCCAUGUCUCAACUGGAAGUGGGAAACUUGGCUGUUGCAAGCUUUGGAAAAAAGGGGAACAUAAGGUUACUGCAUGAUUUUGAUCAACCAUUUUCUGGAGAGGCUGGGAUCAAGAUGAUCUCUAGCUUGACAUUCAAGCAAGAGAAUACCAUCGUAGAUGAACCAGUUGUCGAUCUGUUGAAGUAUUUGAAUAACAUGCUAGAUGUAGCUGUUGGAAAAGCACGACUCCCGUCUGGACAGAACCCAUUACAGCAGCUUGUUUUGAUAAUUGCAGAUGGCCGGUUCCAUGAGAAGAAGGAAAACUUGAAGCGCUGUGUUAGAGAUGCCUUGAGUAGAAAGCGUAUGGUUGCAUUUCUGAUUCUUGAUAGACCACAACCAGGAGAAGAUUCAAUCACGGAAUUCAAGGAAGCAUCUUUCGAGGGUACCAACGUUAAGUUUUCGAAUUAUAUGGAUUCUUUUCCCUUCCCAUACUACAUCGUACUAAAGAAUAUUGAAGCACUUCCAAGGACCCUUUCUGACUUACUGAGACAGUGGUUUGAGGUUAUGCAGUACUGGAGGGACUAAGUUUGUUGGAUGGAAGAGCUCAUGUCUCACAUGGUUUUACUUGCAAUAUGUGCUACUUUACUGAAAUUCUUGAUCCGGCAUAAUGGAGGGUUCGAAGCCAGAAAGAUAUUGAUGGCACCUCCUAAUCCAAUUGAAUAUAAUGCCAUGUGCAGUUGCUUGUAAUUUUGUCAUAUGUAUAUACAUAUAGGUCACUUAUAAUGUCGAGUUGCUUGGCUAUUAUUUUGGUGUUCAAGCAAUCUUUCCUUCCUUUUUUUGGGUGAAUUUGAAGUGUCCUUACCAAAGAACAGGGUGAGCUCGAUGUAAUUAUGCGGCGGAUUAAGUAGUGUUUAUUCUUUUUAUAAAGUGCCCUUGACUUUCCCUCCAAAAUCAUGGCAUACAACAUUCAUUUCUAAUAGUACUGUUUA